AUGAUACAGUCUAUCUUCAUCUUGUCUCCGACUGGAGAAGUAUUGAUUGAAAGGCACUUUCGCGGGGUCACGUCACGCUCGGUCUGCGACUACUUUUGGGAUCAAGCAUCUGUCUCUGUCAACCACCAUGGUGGUCUUUCCACCACAACUUCCUUGUUGACCAAUGAAGAACAGCAGCUUCUACUGCCGCUGCACGAAUCAGUGCUUCCUGUUAUGGAAGUUCCAGAGAGUGACCAUGGGACAGUUUACAUUAUUUCAAUUUUACGGGAUGGCCUCUCCUAUCUGGCGGUUCUACCAUCAGAAGUCUCCCCGUUGAUGAUUCUCGAAUUCCUUCAUCGGAUCGCGGAUAUGUUUGUCGAUUACUUUGGAUCUCCUGCUGAUGAGUCCGCCAUUAAGGACAACUUUUCCACCGUCUACCAACUCUUGGAAGAAAUGGUCGACUACGGAUGGCCUUUGACCACAGAACCCAAUGCCUUGAAACAAAUGAUUCGACCACCCUCCGUCAUGGCAAAACUGCAGUCGGUCGUCUUUUCCAACACGUCGGUGUCGGGUGAGUUGCCCCGGGGGACCAUCAGUAACAUACCUUGGCGAGCAGCAGGUGUUUCGUAUUCGCAGAAUGAAAUUUAUAUGGAUAUUGUGGAGGAGGUGGAUGCAAUUGUAGAUGCAGUGUCGGGAAGCUUGGUCUCAUCGGAUGUAUCGGGAAGCAUUCAAUGUCAAUCUCAUUUGAGUGGUAUACCGGACUUACUAUUGACCUUUAACGAUCCUUCUCUCAUUGACGAUUGGGCCUUCCAUCCUUGUGUCAGAUAUGGCCGCUUUGAACGAGAGCAAGUGGUCAGUUUUGUUCCUCCUGAUGGAAACUUUCAGCUCAUGAAGUAUUCGCUUAACGCGGACCGAAGAGCAAAUUUCUCUCCUCCUUUAGAUUGUCACUCACAGUGGCACGUGAACAAGGCAGAUCUUGGAUUCGCUGGGGAAUCAAGCGCGAAGCAGCCCGCCGAAUCCUCCGCCAAACUAACGGUACAAAUGCAAGUCAAGUCCUUGUCGUCCCUUAUCAAGUCGGCCACUCGAACCGUCGGCGGUAUGAAGACGGUCGUAGAGAACGUUUCUGUCACAAUUCCUCUCCCCAAGCUGGUGGGGACGGCCAAGUUCCAAGUGUCGAUGGGAUCUGUCGUUUAUGACGAAGGUGGUAAGAUUGCCAAGUGGACUCUAGGCAAGAUGGCCGAUGGCGGCAAUACAACUCGGGCUCAAUUUACGGCCGACUUAAAAUUGAAUCCUCAAAAGACAGGAGACGAGGACAUUCAGUCGCCCAAUCUGUUUCUGCAUUGGAAGAUACCUCUGGCGUCUGUCAGUGGUUUGAGCGUGAGUGGACUCAGCUUGUCAGGGGAAGCAUACAGACCUUACAAGGGUGUUCGAAACAUUACCAAGAGUGGAUUGUAUCAAGUGCGGUAUAGUUGA